GUUCAGAGAUACGAUCAUUCAGACCUGACGGGAGGGGGAACCGAGAGGGAAAAAAGGAACAGGCUGAGCAGCCCUUUGUUUCUAGAUUUGCCGACGAGAACGGGGAAGCGACCGGCGCCAAUUCACAAUUUACUUUCCAAAAACAGUUAAAAAACCAGCACGUUUCUGUCCUCACGUCCUCCGGCUUUAAGAGAUGUCCACCCCUGACCCACCUAUGGGCGGGACCCCUCGGCCGGGCCCUUCUCCAGGCCCUGGGCCAUCUCCAGGGGCCAUGUUAGGGCCUAGUCCUGGACCCUCACCUGGUUCUGCCCACGGGAUGAUGGGCCCCAGCCCUGGGCCCCCCUCCUCAGGACAUCCUCUACCUCCACAGGGCCCUUCAGGCUACCCACAGGACGGCAUGCACCAGUUGCACAAGCCAAUGGAUGGCAUGCAUGAGAAAGGCAUUCCUGAAGAUCAGCGUUACGGUCAAAUGAAGGGAAUGGGCAUGAGACAGGGUGGACACAGUGGCAUGGGACCACCACCCAGUCCUAUGGACCAACAUUCUCAAGGUUACCCUUCUCCUCUGGGAGGUUCUGAACACGCCCCAAGCCCAGGACCUCCUAACGGGCCUCCUUCUGGUCCCAUGAUGCCGUCCGGCCCAGGCGCAAUGCCCAUGGAGGGCGGCGACCCACAGAACCGUAGCGGAGGACCUGGCGGCGUUGCUGGUCCAGGACCCAGUGGUGGACCUCCCAAUGCAGGUGGACCUGGGGCGUCCACACCCUUUAACCAGAACCAGCUACACCAGUUGCGGGCACAGAUCAUGGCAUAUAAAAUGCUGGCACGUGGGCAGGCUCUGCCGGAUCAUUUACAGAUGGCAGUACAGGGAAAAAGGCCAAUGCCGGGUAUGCAGCAAGGGAUGCCCAACAUGCCCCCUGGCUCCGGACAAGGAGCAGGCCCUCCUGGACCUGGAGGCCCUGGACCUGGGGGACCAAACUACAAUCGACCACAUGGAAUGGUUGGACCAAAUAUGCCUCCCCCGGGACCCUCCGGUGUGCCCCCUGGCAUGCAGGGACAACCUCCCAAUGGACCUCCAAAAUCAUGGCCUGAAGGGCCCAUGGUGAACGCUGCAACCCCUGCCAGCGGACCACAAAAGUUAAUACCUCCUCAGCCCACGGGUCGCCCCUCUCCUGCACCUCCUUCAGUUCCACCCGCCGCCUCGCCCGUCAUGCCCCCUCAAACCCAGUCUCCAGGGCAGCCGGCCCAGCCUCCCCCCAUGGUCCUGCAUCAGAAACAGAACCGCAUCACGCCCAUCCAAAAGCCCCGGGGCCUGGAUCCAGUGGAGAUCCUUCAGGAAAGAGAGUACAGGCUACAGGCCCGAAUCGCACAUCGUAUUCAGGAUCUGGAGAACCUUCCGGGUUCUCUAGCUGGAGACUUGAGGACCAAAGCCAACAUAGAGCUGAAAGCACUAAGGCUCCUAAACUUUCAAAGACAGCUCCGUCAAGAAGUUGUGGUGUGCAUGCGCCGUGACACGGCUCUGGAGACGGCACUGAACGGCAAGGCUUACAAGCGCAGCAAGAGGCAGUCCCUGCGUGAGGCUCGUAUCACUGAGAAACUGGAGAAACAGCAGAAGAUCGAGCAGGAACGCAAGCGCAGACAGAAACACCAGGAGUAUCUCAACAGCAUCCUGCAGCAUGCAAAGGACUUCAAGGAAUACCACCGCUCUAUCACCGGAAAGAUGCAGAAGGUGACCAAAGCUGUGGCCACGUACCACGCCAACACCGAAAGGGAGCAGAAGAAGGAGAACGAGAGGAUUGAGAAGGAGAGAAUGAGGCGACUGAUGGCUGAAGAUGAGGAGGGUUACAGGAAGUUGAUUGACCAGAAAAAGGACAAACGUCUGGCAUACUUGCUGCAGCAGACGGACGAGUACGUGGCCAACCUCACCGAGCUCGUCAGAGCCCACAAAGCUGCUCAGGCCCUCAAGGACAAGAAGAAGAAGAAGAAAAAGAAGAAGCCUGAGAAUGUAGAGGGUGGAGCUGCGGCCCUCGGCCCAGAUGGAGAGCCGCUAGAUGAGACCAGUCAAAUGAGCGACCUGCCUGUAAAGGUGAUUCACGUGGACAGUGGAAAGAUCCUGACCGGCGGGGAUGCUCCUAGAGCUGGACAACUGGAUACUUGGCUGGAGAUGAAUCCAGGGUACGAGGUGGCCCCGCGGUCAGACAGUGAAGAUAGUGGCUCAGAGGAGGAAGAGGACGACGAUGAAGAACACCCCCAGCAUUCUCAAACCUCAUCAGAUGACAAAAAGAAGAUCCCAGAUCCAGACAGUGAAGAAGUGUCUGAAGUAGAUGUCCGUCACAUUAUUGAGCACGCUAAGCAGGACGUUGAUGAUGAAUACGGUAACUCGGCCUUCGCGCGCGGCCUGCAGUCGUACUACGCCGUGGCUCACGCCGUCACUGAGAAGGUGGACAGACAGUCAUCCCUGCUGGUGAACGGGCAACUCAAACAGUACCAGAUCAAAGGCUUGGAGUGGCUGGUGUCUCUGUAUAACAAUAACUUGAAUGGAAUUCUGGCUGAUGAAAUGGGUUUGGGAAAAACCAUCCAGACCAUCGCACUCAUCACCUACCUCAUGGAGUACAAACGACUGAAUGGGCCCUUCCUCAUUAUCGUUCCUCUCUCCACAAUGUCCAACUGGGUGUACGAGUUUGAUAAAUGGGCUCCUUCGGUGGUAAAAGUUGCUUACAAGGGCUCGCCCGCUGCUCGCAGAGCUUACCUUCCCAUUUUGCGUAGCGGCAAGUUUAACGUGCUGGUUACCACUUACGAAUACAUCAUCAAAGACAAGCAAGUGCUGGCCAAGCUCCGCUGGAAGUACAUGAUCGUGGAUGAGGGGCAUCGUAUGAAGAACCAUCAUUGCAAACUGACUCAGGUGUUGAACACGCACUACCUAGCGCCACGGCGUUUGCUCCUCACAGGCACGCCGCUGCAAAACAAGCUGCCCGAGCUGUGGGCGCUGCUCAACUUUCUGCUGCCCACCAUCUUUAAGAGCUGCAGCACCUUUGAGCAGUGGUUUAACGCUCCGUUUGCCAUGACUGGAGAGAAGGUGGACCUGAAUGAGGAAGAGACCAUUCUGAUCAUCCGUCGUCUUCACAAAGUGCUCCGCCCCUUCCUGCUCAGGAGACUGAAGAAGGAAGUCGAGGCCCAGCUGCCCGAGAAGGUGGAGUACGUGAUCAAGUGUGACAUGUCGGCCCUGCAAAGAGUUCUGUACAGACACAUGCAGGCUAAAGGAGUGCUGCUCACUGACGGCUCAGAGAAAGACAAAAAGGGUAAAGGAGGCACUAAGACUCUGAUGAACACUAUUAUGCAGCUGAGGAAGAUUUGUAACCACCCUUACAUGUUCCAGCACAUCGAGGAAUCCUUCUCGGAGCACCUGGGUUUUUCUGGAGGCAUCGUACAGGGACUUGAUCUGUACCGCGCCUCUGGUAAAUUCGAGCUGCUGGAUCGUAUCCUGCCUAAGCUCCGCGCCACCAACCACAAAGUGCUGCUCUUCUGUCAGAUGACCUCUCUCAUGACCAUCAUGGAGGACUACUUCGCCUACCGAAACUUCAAAUACCUCCGCUUGGACGGAACCACUAAGGCUGAAGAUCGUGGCACGUUGCUGAAGAACUUUAAUGAUCCAUCCUUUCAAUACUUCAUCUUCUUGCUGAGUACCAGGGCAGGAGGUUUGGGUUUGAAUCUGCAGUCUGCCGACACCGUUAUCAUCUUCGACAGUGACUGGAAUCCUCACCAGGACUUGCAGGCGCAGGAUCGAGCCCAUCGUAUCGGGCAGCAGAACGAGGUGCGCGUGCUUCGUCUCUGUACCGUGAACAGCGUGGAGGAGAAGAUCUUGGCCGCUGCCAAAUACAAACUCAACGUGGACCAAAAGGUCAUCCAGGCCGGCAUGUUCGACCAGAAGUCCUCCAGCCACGAGCGCAAAGCUUUCCUGCAGGCCAUCCUGGAGCACGAGGAACAGGAUGAGAAUGUACAGAUAGAGGUAAAGAAAAAAGGAAAACAGAGAAAAAAAAUAGUAAGUGCUGUAUUAGCAAGUGAGGAACAGGAUGGAACAGGAGAGGAACAGGAUGAGGAGGAGGAUGAGGUUCCUGAUGAUGAGACUGUGAACCAGAUGAUUGCCAGAAGCGAGGAAGAGUUCGAUCACUUCAUGCGUAUGGAUCUGGACCGUCGCCGCGAAGAAGCUCGCAACCCCAAGCGCAAACCCAGACUGAUGGAGGAGGACGAGUUGCCAACCUGGAUCAUGAAGGAUGAUGCAGAAGUGGAGAGGCUCACCUGUGAGGAAGAGGAGGAGAAGAUGUUCGGCCGGGGCUCCCGUCAGAGGAAGGAAGUUGACUACAGCGAUUCACUUACGGAGAAGCAGUGGUUAAAGCAUAUUGGAUUUGCGCAGGCUAUUGAGGAAGGAACCCUCGAUGAAAUCGAGGAAGAGGUGCGCCACAAGAAGACCACCCGGAAGAGGAAACGCGACCGUGAUCUUGACCUUCCGGGCCCGGCCACGCCCAGCUCUAGCGGGCGGAGCAGAGAUAAGGACAGGGAUGAGGACAGUAAGAAACAAAAGAAACGUGGCCGCCCUCCUGCUGAAAAACUUUCGCCUAACCCUCCAGUACUCACUAAGAAGAUGAAGAAGAUCGUGGAUGCUGUAAUUAAAUACAAAGAUGGUAACGGAAGGCAACUUAGUGAAGUGUUUAUUCAGCUGCCGUCUCGCAAAGAGCUGCCAGAAUAUUACGAACUCAUUCGUAAACCUGUGGACUUCAGGAAAAUCAAGGAACGUAUAAGGAGCCACAAGUACCGCAGCCUGAACGACCUUGAGAAGGACGUCAUGCUGCUCUGUCAGAACGCUCAGACCUUCAACCUGGAGGGCUCACUGAUCUACGAGGACUCCAUCGUGAUACAAUCCGUAUUCACCAGCGUGCGGCAGAAGAUCGAAAAAGAGGAAGAGAGUGAGGGAGAAGAUAGUGAGGAGGAAGAGGAUGAGCCUGAUGAGGGAUCCGAGUCUGAAUCUCGUUCAGUGAAGGUGAAGAUUAAGCUAAGUCGAAAGGAAAAGGUGGAGAGAGGGAAGGGAAGGAGGCGAACCGCGCGGAGCUCGCGUCCCAAACCUGUUGUCAGCGAUGAUGACAGCGAGGAUGAUCAGGAAGAGGAGCGUUCAGCUAGUGGCAGCGAUGAAGAUUAAAGCUCCUGAUGGACCAAUCACAUCUCGCAUUCACUUGUGCUGCCGAUAUAACGUGGACAUGAGACUUUACAGACCAACUGAUGUUGCUGAAGGGCUUAGUUUUACUGUAGAUCCGCUGACUUAUAGAGAGGAAAUCUUUAUGGAAACCAUUACACGAGUUGCAAUAUAAAAACACACAAAAAACCCUUCCACUUGCAUAUUUAAGCAGAUGAUCGUUCUUCAUUUAUGUAUAGUAAGACAGUUUAAGUAUUGAGCGGUUUUGUUUUCGUUUAUUCCAUGUUUGUUUUUAUUGUUUUUCACAAGAAAGUGACACAAGACAGACAGAUAUCCGAGUGGCUUUGGAGCCGUAAGAGUGGAUCAUAUAUUUAAAUGUCCUCCUUAUUGUUUUUAGCAGUGUGUGAAUGGCCCCACCUCACCCCAGAAUGCAUGUUUUUGACAACGCAGCCAGUUUCUUCUUUCCAUUAUUCUCAUGCGCUUGUUUUAAAUUAAAAUUAAAAGUGGGAUUAAGGUACUUCCUCUAAUAGAUUACUGUCAGGAGAGAUGGGGACGAAUAUGGUGUAGGAUUCUGUAUUGUGUCAGUGUCACUGGAAUUCCAAAAUGCACAAUAAAGACGUUUCAGAAAUACUA